AUAAAGGAUGAACCGACUCAGCGGUUGUUGUGGCAACCGUCUUUAGCGUUGAGGGCAAGAACGUGCAAGUUGUAUGAAUUAUAGUUACUGAAUGUUAAUGCUAGUAGAAUGAGUGACGUGUUAGCUAAAAUCAGUUCAUCUGCAUUUAACCGACGUUUAAGGUUUAGCAGUGUUGUUUGUGUUCGUCUCGGAUAAACUAAAUUACUGUACUGUAGCUAAGUGCUAAAUUAGCAACUUAACACUGAAAUAGCUGCAAGACAUAACGGAUAUAGGAUACUUUGUGCUUGUUGCGCAUUGAUUUUUAGUUUACACUUCUGACUCAAGUAAAUACUUGCAAGCUUAGCAUGUCGGCUGUCAACAGUCUCGUCCCUGCACGGUUUCUCACCAUUAUAGCUCACCUUGUCAUCGUUAUCACUAUCUUUUGGUCGAGGGAAAACAACAUAAAGGCUUGCUUGCCAUUGGAUUUCACGCAAGAGCAAUAUGACAAUGAAGACAAAAAGUUGGUGGUGGCAUUGGCAGUGACCCUCGGCCUGUUUGCUAUAGAGUUGGCUGGGUUCUUUUCAGGAGUGUCCAUGUUUAACUGCAGCCAAGGUCUCCUCUCACUGGCUGUACACUGCAGCGCAUCCAUCUCCUUGUCUUUCUUUGUGUUUGAGAAGUGGGAAUGCUGGACAUAUUGGGUUAUUUUUGCAGUUUGCAGUGUGUUACCUGCUUUUGUGGAGAUUCUCCUGUUUGUAGCUGUUUUUGGUCUGAAGAAGAAGCCGCUAUGAAAGACAGUCCUGAUGUGAAGCGCAACAAAAUUGUCAGAAUAUGGACAUCUGUCAAUGCAUCAGCAGAUACUGUAGCUACAGAAGGUCUGUGAUUCCUUUAUGGUGCACAGACAAAUGGCCUGAGAAACAAUAUUCAACUGACUGCACCAACUGUUUGCAACAAACAUUAUACAAUAUACACACAAGGAAUAAACAAGCCACUCUCUCUGUAUUUGUUUUAACAAAAUAGAUGUUGGAAAAGUACUUGUAUUAUUAUGUUUACUUUUAAUAUGUGUGAGUGGUUCACUAAUACAGGACAUGUGCCAGAAUGUCAGAUUUUUGCAUUUUUGUCAAGAAAAAUGAUUAUUUGUCAGCAAACACUAAUGUGGUUUUCUUUUGCUCUGUUUGUAAAAUUUCUAUGAAAACUCUUAGAAUGCUACUUUAUACUAAAUACAUUUUGUACAAAUUCUUUCUUAAA